GUGUAUCUAGUUGACUUAAUAAUAUACUUUACCGCAUAUCAAUAAGACAGUUGUUGUUUUGUCGUAACGAGUCUUUGUUUCCAUAUUAGUCUGACCCGAUUUCAUAGCAUUGGAGCUUCAGAAAAAAAUAACCAAGGCAAAUUGACCAUUAGCAACAUGGCCGUCGAUCAAGGAUCAAAGAUUCCUCAUCCUCUACGACCGCUCUCGCCCGAUGAGCUAUCAAAAGCUCGAGAUAUUGCGAUUAAAGCACAUGCAGGAGACGGGGUUGCUUUGUUUUUUCGUUUUGCCAUAGUCGAUGAGCCUAAGAAGACGGAUCUGACUGAGUUCCUCAUUGCGGAACAUGAAGGCCGGAUACCCGAGUCCAUCCCGCCGAGACAGGUCAAACUAUUAUAUGAUGUCAUCAAUAAUGGAAAAGCUCAACUCACGGAGACGGUCGUUGAUGUCGACGCCGGAGUCAUUCAAAGCAGCAAGCAGUUUGAAUCGCGAUAUCAGACCAGCUACACAGCCCACGAAUUCAGUAUAUUCCAAGAUGCCUGCGUAUCCUCGGAGAUGUUCAAGUCAGCCAUGGAAGAGUUCAUCCUACCAGAAAACUUCGUCGUCACGAUAGAUCCGUGGCCAUACGGCGGCCCAGAUCCAGAUGAGAACAUCCCUCGCUACAUGCAAGGUCUCGUGUACGCCCGUGAUGCUUCCAAGAACAAUAUUGAUUCCAACCAUUACUCUUAUCCCUUACCUAUAAUCCCUAUCAUGGAUACAGCUACCAAGAAGUUAAUAAGGGUGGAUCGCCUCGCCACCGGAGGAAUCGGCGACAGUCUGUAUCCACCCCCUCCUGGAGGCGAGCCAAAGAAGCUGUUCGAGAAUUGCGGCCCCGCGGAAUACUUCCCGGAGCUGCUGGACCAGCCGUUUCGCACCGAUCUAAAACCCAUCAAUGUUACCCAACCGGAGGGUGCGUCUUUCAAAGUCCACGCCGACAAUCUUGUCGAGUGGCAAAAAUGGCGUUUCCGCGUUGGCUUCACGGCCCGUGAGGGCGCUGUGCUCCACGAUGUGUGCUAUGACAACCGGCCCAUAGUAUACCGGCUAUCUUUCUCCGAGAUGACUGUCCCGUAUGGUGACCCUCGUCCACCUUUCCAACGCAAGCAAGCCUUUGACUUCGGGGACGGUGGAAUCGGACGCGCGGCCAACAACCUGAAACUAGGAUGCGACUGUCUAGGCGCAAUACAUUACUUCGACUGCGUAGUGCCCAACGCGGAGGGUAAGCCUGAUCUGGCGAGUAACGUAAUUUGUCUACAUGAGCAAGACAACGGCAUAGGUUGGAAACACACCAACUUCCGGACGAAUCGUGCAGUGGUGACACGCCUACGUGAGUUAGUCGUGCAAUUCGUCGCCACGCUAGCGAAUUACGAAUACGUGUUUGCAUACAAAUUAGAUACAGCAGGUGGUAUCUCGAUCGAAACACGGGCCACAGGUAUCGUAAGCGUCGUACCCAUCGACGAGGGCAAAGUAUCAGGAUAUGGCAAUGUUGUCAAUCCAGGAGUAAUGGCACAAAAUCACCAGCACAUCUUCGCGGUACGUAUCGACCCGGCUAUCGACUCGUACAUUACCGGCGACACCGCUGUAGUCCUUGAAGAAAGCCAUCCCAUACCAAUGAACCCGGAAACAAAUCCUCACGGCAACGCAUACGAGAUUCGACGAAAGCGUGUUGAGCGCGCCGGGUUUGCAGAUGCUGAGCCCCAGCUAAAUCGAGUCGUGCGCCUAGAGCACACAACUAAAAAGAACAGUAUCAGCGGCAAGAACGUCGGCUAUAAGCUAGUUCCCAGCGCUACACAGCUCAUGCUUGCAGACGAUAAGAGUGUCCAAGCUGCAAGGGCGCCUUUCGCAAAACACCACCUUUGGUUUACCGGAUAUAGAGAUGGUGAACUAUGGGCUGCGGGUGAGUUCACGAACCAGGCGCCGCGGGAGGAAGGUGGCGUGAAGACGAUGGUCGAGAGGGGGGAUUGGUUCGUUGAUGAUGGCGGGGUUGAUAGUGUGAAUGGGACAGCGGAUGGGGAGGUCCAUGACGAUGAUACGGCCGAUGAGAAAAAGGGAAAGAAGAGUAGUCCUGUAGUUUGGAGCGUCUUCGGCCUUACGCACAAUCCGCGAGUUGAGGAUUGGCCCGUGAUGCCCGUCGAAAUCCACCAGAUCCAUCUCCGUCCGGCCGACUUCUUCACUAGAAAUCCGGCGUUGGAUAUUCCGAGCAAUAGGAAUGAGAGUAGCGUCCUGGUGCCAUGUUGCGAUAAGGUCAACGACACAGCACAAAACGGGACUCACCAAUCGAGUACUUGUUGUAGUAGUACGAGUCUUCGGACCGACAGUACGUCGCAGCAGAAUGCGGUAUCGCAUCUUCAGGGCACCGGACCAGAUUUUGAUCCCAAGGAUAUUCCGGUCGGAGUCCCUAAGGAGAAGAAACGAUUGUCGGCAACGUUGUCGAACUUACUUAACUGGAAGAAGGAUUAAAUGAGUUGACCCUUUUGCCUGGGACUCAUUCAGGUGCAUUUACAACUUGAAGUUUCCGACCUGGCGGAUCUUGGAGAAAGCUUUAGGCAUCAACGCGCCCCAGAACUUUUAAUGACUUCGCUUUUUCCAUGAACGUUUUACAACAGAGUUUAUUAAAUGAUUCUAGCCGACUCAGACUUUCGUUAUGGUACUGGAUCUAGAAUGGCUACGCAUGCAUGGGUUGUGGAGAAUGGGUUUAUAUAGGUAUAUAUCUUAAAUAGUAUAUAUUAGUAGGUACUCAUUUCAUCUAUGAAUUAACAUGAGAACAUUUCUUUCUCCGAGGCGAUGUCCGAGCUGGUUACAUGUUAAAUGGGUGUGUUGCUGCAUGUGUUAUACGUUUUCUUGAAUGGUAAACUGUAAGCCAACAUACAUGUAUGGGCCAUACCUACCUCUUAUGUAUAAGAUUAUUUAUUCUUUACCUAACCUUACCAAUAUAAUAUCAAAUUUAAAUGUUUUAACUCUAUUGAUAAUUGCCUUUCUUGCCUGAG